AUGUAUAAUUGUAAACAAGCUGCUGAAGUACUUAUUUCGCAUGGAAUAGAUAUCAAUGCAUCAGAUAUUACUCAUAAAACAGCUCUUCAUUAUGCUGUAUUUAGAAAUUGUCAGGAAACAGCAGAAUUACUUAUUUAUAGUCGUGCAAAUACAAAUAUAAGAGAUAAUUCUGGAAGAAUAGCUCUUCAUAUGGCAGCCAUAUUUGAUUUUAAGAAAAUCGCUGAUCUUCUUGUUUUGAAUUAUUCAGAAAUUGAUAUGAGAGAUAAUAAUGGAAAAACUCCUCUUCAUGUUGCAGCAGAACAUAAUUCUUUUCAAACAGUAAGUUAUCUAAUUUCUCGUGGUGCAAACGUCAAUAAAAUUGAUGAUAACAAAAGAACCCCUCUUCAUUAUGCUGCAGAAAUGGAUAGUUAUGAAGCAGCAAAAAUUCUUCUUACUCAUGGUGCAGAUUCGACAAUAAUUGACAAAGAUGAUCAGUCUCCUCUUGAUGUUGCAGUUUUUUAUGAAAAAGAAAAAACAGCAGAACUUCUUCUUCUUAAUACUGAGACACAAAGCAAUAUACAAGUGAUUAAUUGA